AGUGGCUACAUCAGUUGCGUGCCGAAAGACUAAACAAUGACACGAACGGAGCAAUAUUUCGACACCAUCACCAAAGUGAUCUGCUUUGUGUUCCUUAUCGCACAGGGCUGCUCAAUGCCCGCUAGUGAUACUGCAUCGAAAACGGAAAGCAAUAACAGUAGCAAGACGGAAUUUUUCGCGUACCCAGCUGAACAGUCGGCCAUAGAGUCGAAGCAAAAUGCUCGGAACCGUACACCCCUCUACAUCCCGAAACGAUGCGCCGAAAACGAGAUCCUCUAUCCGGGGGACCAUGAGAACGAUUGGGUAUGCGACUGUAAGCCAACGUUCGUGUAUCAUCCGCUGGAGCAAAGGUGCUAUCAAUUGUACACCAAAGGAUUCUGUCCGACUAGGAAGAUCAUUUACAUCGAACCGAAUGGUAAAACCCCGGUCUGCAUACCGAACGAGUGCCAGGACGGGGAGGUGUUUUUUAUCGAGGGAUGUGCGAAACUGAACGAAGAGCACAGCAAUUGCACAUUUGCCGAGAUUAAGAUGGUAGUGGGCAUUAACGAAGCUACGCACCAGCUGGAGUGUGUGAACAUUUCCGAUGUAAAAUUCAAUCGAACACUGAUCAUCAACUCGCGAAACUAGCGCGCGCGUGUGUGUAUCGGGAUGGUGCACGAUUUAGAGAAACAACGCCAAUAAAAUAUGCACAUUUUUAAGCGAGGGUACGUAAACUGAUAGGCAUAAUAGUGCGGUUUACUAUUUAUGCGCAGCAACGGUUAUUACAAUUAGACGAGUCGAGUAUAGUGCUUGAUUUAAAAGCCAUUACAUUGGGUCUUUCGCCCACGAAAAUUAAUAAACGAAAAUGUAUGUACACUACAUUGUUCCCAUUCAAAAACAUCAAUUUCCUUUAAGCAAAUACGAAAU